AUGAGCGGCGGCGGCGUUGAGAAGAAAGACGUGGAGAUGAUGAAGUUGAGAAAAGAUGAUUCUGCUGAUGAUGAGAAACAACGCACGUACGAAGAGGAAUGCUCGUACAUUGAAAACCGAGAUCCGACGUCGUACGUGGUUAAAAUCGGGUUCGUGGCGAACAUGCGCGUGCCUGGAAUAUUCUACGUGAACAAAUUUCUCGCCGGAUUAACGUUCGAGGAGUUGAAACAACACGCCGAACGAGGUCGCGCGGGCGGAUUUUUACCCGCGGUGAAGCAAAUCGCAAACGUGGCGUCGUUGCCGGGUAUUGUCGGUCGAUCGAUCGCGUUACCGGACGUGCACUCUGGGUAUGGGUUUGCCAUUGGGAAUGUAGCGGCGUUUGACGUGAACGACCCGAAAGCGGUCGUUUCUCCAGGAGGCGUCGGUUUCGAUAUCAAUUGCGGCGUGCGGUUAGUGAGGACGAAUUUGACCGAAGCGGAGGUGCAACCGCUGAAAGAGGAAGUCGCGCAGGCGUUGUUCGACCACAUUCCCGUUGGCGUCGGUGGGAAAGGUAUCAUCCCUGUCGACGCGAAGACGUUGGACACGGCGUUAGAGAUGGGCAUAGAUUGGUGCGUUCGAGAAGGGUACGCGUGGAUCGAAGAUAAAGAACGGUGCGAAGAAAACGGACGAAUGUUAAACGCCGAUCCGAGCAAAGUUUCGCAACGAGCGAAAAAAAGGGGUUUGCCGCAAAUGGGCACGUUAGGUGCUGGAAAUCACUACGCGGAAAUCCAAGUCGUGGAUGAAAUUUACGACCAGUUCGCCGCUAAGAAAAUGGGUAUCGAUAAAAUCGGCCAAGUCGUGGUUAUGAUUCACUCGGGCUCGCGAGGGUUAGGCCACCAAGUCGCUACGGACGCCCUCGUAGAAAUGGAAAAAGCGAUGGCAAAAGAUGGAUUAGAACUGAACGAUCGCCAAUUAGCCUGCGCGCGGAUCAACUCGCAAGAAGGUAAAGACUACUUAGCCGCCAUGGCGUGCGCCGCCAACUACGCCUGGGUCAACAGACAGUCCAUGACCUUCCUCUGUCGCCAAGCGUUUGCAAAAACCUUCAACAAAACCGCCGAACAGCUGGACAUGCACGUCGUCUACGACGUCUCCCACAACAUCGCCAAAAUAGAAGAACACAUCGUCGACGGCGAGUUGAAAACGUUACUCGUUCACCGCAAAGGUUCUACCCGCGCGUUUCCCCCGCACCAUCCGCUCAUCCCGGUCGAUUACCAAUACACCGGCCAACCCGUCCUCGUCGGCGGCACCAUGGGAACCUGCUCCUACGUCCUCACCGGUACCGAAAAAGGCAUGCACGAAACCUUCGGCUCCACCUGUCACGGCGCCGGGCGCGCCCGAAGUCGACACAACUCUCGACAAAAACUCAGUUACGAGCAAGUCUUGGAAAAUUUGAAAACCAAAGGCAUAUCCAUCCGCGUCGCCUCGCCAAAGUUAGUCAUGGAGGAAGCGCCGGAAAGUUAUAAAGACGUCACCGAAGUCGUCGAUACGUGUCACGACGCUGGAAUUAGUAAAAAAUGCGUCAAGUUACGACCGAUUGCGGUUAUUAAAGGGUAG